AUGACAGACUACUGUCAGAAUGCAAUAAAAUUGACAAAGUGCCUCACAAUGCAGAAAACGUUUUAUGAUACACAUAGAACAUCUAACUGUCUGGGUUUUUACAAUCAGCCACCACUCAUGACUAACGGUUUUGGAGACUACAUCACCGAACCCCCACAACAACAACAACAGCGCUUUUAUGACUUUCGCCACUCAGAAGAAAAUGUGCAGUAUAGACAACAAUCGUACACUGUGCACGACCAAUCUCGGCGGUUCGGUAUGGACAUCGCACAGCAAACUGGACAAUGUCCAGAAACCCCAUCACCACCGUACGUGUCCGCACCGUAUGGUGAACACUCUCAGCUAGCCGAUGGUCAGUGUCGUCUUCAACAUUCACAUCAGUUUGUCAACCACAUCAGCAUAUUUCCGGAGAAUCAAACAGAAAUCUACCCCUGGAUGCGUGAUUCACGGCAAACACUCAAGAAGAAACAACAUUUAUCCACGUCAAGCCAUCCUCAUCGGGUCGAGCCAGUAGCAGAAUUCGACCACCAGCCUACGAAGAGAGUCAGGACAGCUUACACCAGCGCCCAGUUGGUGGAACUGGAGAAGGAGUUUCACUUUAAUCGUUAUUUGUGUCGGCCUCGACGUAUUGAGAUGGCAAAUCUCCUAAACUUGACUGAGAGACAGAUUAAAAUUUGGUUUCAAAACAGACGUAUGAAAUACAAGAAGGACCAAAAGAGUCUCCAGGAGAAGUCUUCUAGUCCAAAUUCAGAAUGUUGUAUCAGUUCCCCAUUACUUCUCCCCACGAGUUUGGCUGUUGAUGUGCCGACAUCUUCGGCUACAAACAUGCCCACGAUCUCCACGUCCUCUGGUGCCACAAUAAUGACAGACUUACCUUGCGGUAUGUUCAGAUCAGACUGCUCCUCAUCUUAUGGCCCUAGCUGCCAACAGCAUGAAAAAUUGUUUCAACUGAAAAGAUCUAUUUUUGCACCUUCGUCUGAAGUUGCCAUGACGACUACAAAUUUGGUCGUUCCCGAGGAAUCCAGUUCUUCUCAUAUGAAUCCUAGUACCUUGUCUAACCACAAGAUUCAACAUCCUCAUGGUUCUUCAAAUUUAGAUCUAGACAUCUGUGGACCAACAAUCUCCAUCACUGAUCCAACUGCGUCGCAUGAAAGUCUGCAAUCCACUCGAUUUUAUAGCCUGCAACCGGACCUUCAACGCCAGAGGAUUGACCACAGCAAUAUGAUGGACCUCAAUCCUUCUGUGAAUAGACCAACAACAUUUCCCGACAUUUCUCAGUCCCCACAAUGCGAGCGUUAUCAGAUCUUAGAACAAUCGGCGUAUCCCCAUAUCCACGUCCACACCCAGGCAGCGUAUUGUCAGCCUUAUGAAUACACCAAGUCAGACGAGUGGACGCCGCCCCAAAGUGUCCAGCAGUACCACCCAAAGUCUCCGUCCGUUAAGAUUCCACCCAAACUCACCCAUCUUACGGGGAUGUGACGUCGUUGUGCAUUUCAUGUAUCUCAAAUUUUCCUUUGGACUGGGAAAUACUCUUUCUGGACCUUGAAUUGUUUUGUGUCUCUUGCGGAUGCUAUACGAACAGUGGCACCAAAAAAAAUGGAGUUUUCUGAAGAUGUCAGCUACUUCAAUCGACCAAAGUUUCCUUUUUUAUUCCUUACAAUGCCAAAUAAUGAUUCUAAAUAACGUUACCAUGAAGAAUGGUUCCUCCUUUUUUCGUAUAAUAAUCAAAAACAGUAAAUUUCGAUGUUAUGGUAAAGGUAGCUUACAAACAAUCUGUUUAUAAAGAUUGGUAACAGAUUCGUGUGUAUAUGUGUAGUUAUAUUUAUGUUUCCUCAUAGAAAUAUGUUCAUACGUAAGUGAUAGUUCAGUACUGUAAACACGGCAGUACAAAUGAACAUGUAUAAUUAAUUUCCAUAUUUAGAAGUGUUCGUUGUCUAGUCUGCCUCAUAAUGUGAUUACAAAAAAAAAACAUUGUUCAAGCGUUACGUGCACAUAUUUUUAUUCAACUCAAGGUGUGACAUUGUUGUUGUUCUUGAAUCAUGUAAAUACUAUGUGAAAAUACUGGGAAUACUUGGUAAACUAUCUCACAAGUCGUACAUCAAGAACGUUACUCUAGGUGGAUACUGAGUGAACGGAAUAUUCAAGUUUUUAUUGAUCUUAUGUAGCCCCCUAGCUUUAGAUAUUAACUUUGUCACACAAAUGUUGGCUAAUUAUAAGGUCCGAAACAGAGUCAAUUACUGACCGAAGCAACUACAGUCUGUGUUUGGACAGACAAAAGAUGACCUGAAUUUUCCUGUCAUUUGAUAAACCGGAAACAAGUCUGCAGUAGUUUGAAGUAGAAGGCUAUAGGACAAAAACUUGUCAGAAUACACGUGCGGUAAUUAUGAAAAAUGGGGUACAGGAUAACUUGGUGGGAACGCACCUUUUGAUCGGUAUUCAGACCAGCCCCGGAAAACAGACUGCUUGAUUUUAAAAGCACGUGCUAUUUAAUUAACUGAAUCAUGUGGUAUUUUAACAAUUUCUACUUAACUCAUCAGAAGAAAGGUCCUUUGAAUUUUCGUUAGCAUCCCUACAUCAUUUAUUUUGGACAAAACUAAGGUAUUGAAUUAUCUGUUAAUUCAGAAGAUUCAGACAGCGUAGUGCAACCGGAGUAUUUUAUGAUAAAUCCGUAAGGUGAAACGUUGGGGAAUUAAAUAAUUAUCGCUUGGUACUGACUGUUUCUCUUCGUUAUCUAUUAGUUGCAUAUGUUUUUAUUUUGCGUUACUUAUAAACAUUUGACGCCGUGGGAUUUGAGUUUGGCUGAGUCUUAUCUCGAUCUGUAUCACCUCUCACUUAUCUGCUCUAUUAUUGGAUAGUGGUUGUACAGCAGUAAUCAGUCCCCGUUACGCUCUGCUUACCCAGAUCCGUCCCGCACUUGUCAGUCAAACCUGUAACAUUAUACAGGGCCUGUGGUCACCGGCCGCCUUUUCUGUAUCGUUCCGAGAACGUGACCCACCAAUCAUAGCUUUCACCCAAUCUUGUGCAAGUCCCCUCUUAUCACUGAACACACACAAAUGGCUGAGUUUUGAUACGAGUCUCUUUCAGCCUCGAAAGAUCACGUGCCUAAAAGCACCCAGCUAAGGAUUAAACUUAGAAAUAAGAUACACAGAGAAUACAUACAUACAACCAUGAUGAUAGAAAUUUCCCAGUAUAGAAUACAUACAUACAACCAUGAUGAUAGAAAUUUCCCAGUAUAGAAUACAUACAACCAUGAUGAUAGAAAUUUCCCAGUAUAGAAUACAUACAACCACGAUGAUAGAAAUUUCCUAGUAUAGAAUACAUACAACCAUGAUGAUAGAAAUUUUCCAGUAUAGAAUACAUACAACCAUAAUGAUAGAAAAUUCCUAGUAUAGAAUACAUACAACCAUGAUGAUAGAAAUUUCCCAGUAUAGAAUACAUACAACCAUAAUGAUAGAAAUUUCCCAGUAUCGAAUACAUACAACCACGAUGAUAGAAAUUUCCUAGUAUAGAAUACAUACAACCACGAUGAUAGAAAAUUCCUAGUAUAGAAUACAUACAACCAUGAUGAUAGAAAUUCCCCAAUAUAGAAUCGAUAUGGAUAAUAAUCAGUAUUACAUCGAGAAAAGUGUGGCCAAGAAAAGAAAGGGAAAAAAAGUGAGAAAAUAGCUAUUUUAAAAUUAUAAAGCAGUCUUACAUAGACACGUAUUGAGAAAAUACAAUUUUGUUCCAAUUUGUGUCUAAGUGCUGUUGUCUCAACUGCUUUGUAUAAUGGGUGCGGGUUGUCCAUGGGAUAGAGCUCUGAAUUUCGAAGCUGGGGAGCCAAAUUCGAAUCCGUGCGAUACGACAAAAUAUUCCCCACACUUUGAGCUGAGGGUACAUUAUAAGUGUGACAGUCAAUCCGUUAGAGUGGAGUUAGGCUGCUCCUGACUGAUUGCCUUCACUCUGGUCAGUAGUUUAAAACUAGGGACGGUGACAGAUAGCCUUAGUUGCUUUGCCAUAAAAACAGA